GGCCGGCAACUCGGCGAGGGGGGAGCCCGAGCGCCGGGCUUGGGGGCGGGGAGCAGGAGGCGCAGGAGAGCGCCCCGAGCACCGGCGCGGGAGGAGGAGCGGGAGCGAGCAGGGGAGACAGCGCUCCCGGCCGCACCUGCGCCCGGCAGGCGGCCGGCCCUGCCCUGCCCCUGCUCGCGGCCCCGGCCCCGGCCCCGCACCGGAACAUUCCUUUUAAGGUGUGGAUAAUUUCUGACUUGUCAAACUCUCAGCUCCCUUUGUGGCAACACCUGGCUAAGGAGGGAAUGUCGGAAAGGAUGCUGAUUCUCUGAGCAAGAAGAAACUCAGCCUUACUGACCAGGUCUUAUGCUUCCUCCACCACCACCUCUCAGAAAUCAGAGGCUUUGUAUUUGAAAAGGACAAAUGGAAGCCACCCAUCCACUAGCCGAGGAUCAUCUGAGCCCUGGGGCUGAUGCUUGCCCACACUGUUGAGAAUGGCACCGAGGCCCAGCCAGGCACCGGGACAAAGGUUAACCCGGGACACUCCUGGACAGUGAUCCUGAUGUCUGUUCGGAGCCGCGCACUCAAGGGUGUGAUAAUCUUGCCCACGCUCUCCUCUCUACUCCACCCUGAGUUUUCAUUCCUGGGCUGUCCCAUCUUUGUGUCAUGGUCCUCAGGAUGGUUAUGUCUGUCACCAGGAGAAAGAAGCAACAUCCCGUGAACUGCUGGUUCCUCUUGAUGCAGGUAUACCCGGGGCUCCGAUCCCAGGGCUGAACAAGGAGCAUCUGUCCCAUCACAGUGUGAGCUGCCAUCCCACCUGACGACACUGUCUCACACCCCCGUCCCUGUCCUCACCCCCGCCUCCUGGCCCCCGCCAGCUCUUCCCCAUUCAUCUUCCGUGGACCAGUCCAGGGUUUGGGUGUCCAACUCUUCCAAGUUGCCUGCUCCGGGCGGUGGGCAUGGCCGGAGCCUCUGAUCUGUAACCGACUGGGAAACCGUUCUUGGCCUCCCCAAAAGAUCAGACCAAGAGGCAAGGAGAGUAGGGUUUUAAAAUCAGCAUCAAGGAGGGGACUGACCAGAGUGAUGACUCCACCAGUUACAUGAGGCUGCUGAAGAGCACAUCUGAAGAAGUCCCUUCUCUGGAUCCUGGGGGACAGAGGGGCCAGGGCUACGAGUGCCCUUCAGGUGGAGAGACCGGAGUUCAGAGGACCCUAAGUUGGGCAGGAGGCAGAGGGGUCUCCAGGCCGCCACUGUCUACCUACCUCGGACUGCGGACCCCUCCUCGCUAUUCUCCAGCCCCAGUCAGCGCCAUGGCUUCCGCCGAGCCCCUGACGGCGCUGUCCCGCUGGUACCUGUACGCCAUCCAUGGCUACUUCUGCGAGGUGAUGUUCACGGCGGCCUGGGAAUUCGUGGUGAACUUUAACUGGAAGUUCCCGGGGGUCACAAGCGUGUGGGCGCUCUUCAUCUACGGCACGUCCAUCCUCAUCGUGGAGCGCAUGUACCUGCGCCUGCGCGGCCGCUGCCCGCUCCUGGUGCGCUGCCUCAUCUACACGCUCUGGACCUACCUGUGGGAGUUCACCACCGGCUUCAUCCUACGCCAGUUCAACGCCUGCCCCUGGGACUACUCCCAGUUCGACUUUGACUUCAUGGGCCUCAUCACCCUGGAGUACGCUGUGCCCUGGUUCUGCGGGGCCCUCAUCAUGGAGCAGUUCAUCAUCCGCAACACCCUCCGCCUCCGCUUUGACAAGAACGCCGAACCCGGGGAGCCCAGCGGCCCCCUGGCCCUGGCCAACGGCCACGUCAAGACUGACUGAGCCGGGGGAGGGGGGAGC